AUGCCGGGUGUCCCAACAGGAAGGGCAUGUGAUGCUUGUCGUAAACAGAAGAAGAAGUGUGACGAAAAACAACCAAUAUGUGGGCGAUGUCUCCGCCUCAAAGUGACAUGUGUGGGGUCUGGUCAGCAACGAUACAAGUUCAAACAGGAACAUCGGUUUUCACCCGAAUUAACCAAAACAUCGCAAAUGAUAUCAUUCCGCUCAUCAUCAAAAUCAAAUCAAACGAAAACGCCUGCUCUUGAAAUUCCCCGGGCAUGUCCCGGCGACCGUGUCACAUGUUUAAACGGUUCAUUUGUCCGCAUUAUCAACAGAACCAAUGACCUCCGAUAUAAUAUUUGGUGGUCUUUUGGCAUAUUUCUUGAAGAGGUACCUCGACGACUUGGCACCAAUGAGGCACUUGACCGUGCAGUCGACGCUUUGACCAGUGCCUACCCAAGCUUCUGCUCUCGCCGAUCAGUUUCGGUCGAUGCUCUGUCCAAAUAUUCUUCUGCCCUGAGAGCUCUCCGGAUUUAUCUGGAUGACCCAAUCCAAGCAAGUGCUUCCACUACAUUAUGUGCGGUCAUGAUACUACAGCUGUGUCAAUUAUUCCAUGGAGACAACGGACAAGGGGCAUCAGGCCAUUCACAAGGAGCUUCCAAUAUUCUACAUGCACGAAAGCAUUGUGGGCCCCGGGACGACUUCGAGCGUAAAAUGUUUGUCUCUCUUCGGGGAAGCGUGUUGUUCGAGGGUUUGUUUAAUGACGCCAUCAAUCUGAGUUCCGAAGAGUGGGAGGCCUUGGUUAGAAAUGACCUUGACCAAGAUCACCCGGAAGGCCGCAUUCUCCUAUGCUUAGCCAAGGCCCCGUUGCUAAUUAGACGUGGCAAGCAUGCCAAACUCAAUUGUGAAGAUUUAACGCCUCUCGCGGAGGAAGUCCGACCAAUAUAUGAGAAAUGCAAAUACAUAUUGGGGGAAUUGAAAGCACGCAAGGUCAAAUGCGAAUCUUCCGAUCUAGGAGGCAAUCUAAAGAAAUUCCUACCCCGGCUAAUGCAAGCCCACUAUCUCCGCACAUAUGGCAUCGGGCUCGGGAUUACACUGGUUUUCAACUGCAUGCUUCAAGCACUGAACCCCGAAGACUUCAACUACUCGACAGAAUCGAUAUCACUUGUUGAAGAGAUCCUCUUGCAUGCCGAAGAGUCCAACAUGUACAGACCUGUUGCAGCAGCCUAUAUAAGAACGUGCCUGGGGGCAGCGUGGGCCGCUACCACAGAUCUUAACUUGCGGCUACGGGUUGAAGCCACUUUAUUUGAUUAUGAAGGUGACUUGCUAAUUCACAAUCGUAAUCUUUUCCAAGAACUGGAAGACUCAAAGAACAGUUUAUGGCUUAGUUCAUCCCGCCAAGACUACGGCAGUGCCCUCUUGAGUACAUAG